UUUGCGUAUUUUUUGGAAGCCACAGCAGAGUGCUUGACUCCUUCAAUUCGAGAUGGAGUCUUCGUCCAACACCUCCUUAAAGUUGAACUCCUCUUUACCGUCUUUUCCGUUACCUGACGAAGAAUGCCUUGAUAAGACGUUCAUGCUUUGCAUCACGGUUUUCGUACUUAUCACUAGUCUGGCUGGUAACUCUCUGGUCAUUAGGUUCGUGUUUCGAAACCUCAAGCAAAGAAAGUCCCCGGACAAGAUCUUCCUGCUGCAAAUCUCAUUCUCGAACCUGUUGGCGUGUUGCGUAAGUCUUCCACUUCAUUAUUUUGAUGUUGUGUUCAUCGGUAGAAUCCCGCUAAGUCUGAACGUGGCAAAUUCUCUCUGCUUUAUCAAAUUAUUUCUCCUUUUCUUUUGCCUUCAAGUCGGGCAUGUAACUCUCUCGGUUUUGUGUUACGACCGCUACGAAGCGAUCACCAAGUUUCCCCAGCAGAGAUUACUGACCUAUGGCAUUGCUAAACAAGCAUCAUGCGGAAUCAUCGUCUGUAUAUUCGUCAUUUAUUUCUCUUCCAUGAUUAGUUACGUCAUUGACUUUCACUCUGGUAAUACCAUUUGUGAGGGUCUUCAAAUUCGGUCCAUGGGUCAACAAGGCAAUGCUGCACAUGUUUCGAAUAUUGCGCUCAUUGUUGUGACAGUCAUCUUGAUCUCCACUGCCAACACCAUUUGUUUCUGGAACUUGUUUCUUGUCGAUCGAAAACUUCGACAUCACAAAGAUUCCGUUCGCAGUACUCUUGGUGACCAAAGCAUGGUCAAAGAGGUUCGUCUGGUCUAUAGUGCUGUGUCGUUUGUUAUAACGUAUAGUAUAGUUUGGAUUCCGUUCGGAGUUUUCCGAUCACUCAGGAACAUUUUCCCUUCAUCAACUUCUAUUAGGUGUUAUUACAUCACUGCGUUUACAUGCUCGUACAUGGUGUUUUCUUUGAUCCCUUUACUUUAUAUUAUCACUGACAAACGCAUUCAAAACCCAAUAUCAAAGUUUUCCCGUAAGAAUCGCGUUGCACCAGACGAGAACUCGACCAGGGACACAAAAGGACCAAAACUUACAGAUGAAAAAGGGACUUAAAAAUGACUAUGAUCUGUUUAUCACUCAAAACGUUUCUCUACCGAGGCCUCGUCAUGCCCUAUAUCAAUGACGAGAUUUUUUUCAGGUAUUUCUAAUUAAAGCCCAUAUGAUAUUUGAAAAAUGUAAAUUUGUAAGAACACCUUUGGUGGGCGCAAGAAAUGCCUCCAACUUGACGAAUGUAUUCAUAUAAAAUUUCAUGAUAAUGAAA